AUGUCAGCCAAAGAAUACGUAAGCCAGCACAAUGAAAUUCUUGCUUCUUGCAGUGACAGCAGUGGUUACUUCAACUGCCUUUCCUCAGAGCCACAAUAUCCCAGCACCUUCCGGUUCGACCUUUAGCGCCGUCUACAUCCUAAAUAAACAACCAAGAGAGAACCAGAAACUGAUUGAAGUCCCAGCACCACCGCCAUCUGAACCCGAGGUUUACUUCAUCAACUAUUCCGAAGGCGAGAACCCAAUUCUUCCAAACGGUAUAGAUCUUCAGACAGCCUUGAAUGCGGCAAUUCAGGGCAGCACUGCCAUAGUUGAUCUUGAUAAAGGCGCCAAGGAAAAGGAUGGAAAAAUUACCGCUGCAUUUGAAAGCACCAGAAUUGGAGCCAGUAGUAGUUUAAUAAGUGAUAAGGGCAGCUCCAGCAGCAGUGAUCUAGAGGGUAAUGGUAACAUAGGAGAAAAUAAUGGUUUUGGUGUUGUAGGUAAAGGUGGUAUUAGAUCCAGGUUUGGUAUCGGUACCACUGGUGGUGUAGAAGGUAGUGGAACCACUGCAAGGGAUUCAGGUGUUGCCCUCAGCAUUGAUUCCUCGGGCACUGAAGUUAUUGAAAGUAGUAGUGUCAUAGAAGAUGAUAUUUCUUUAAGAACUACAAGUUUUGGAAGUAGUGGAGGAGAUGAAAACAAUAGGAGUACGAGCAGGAUUCCAAGACUCUAUGGGGCACCUUAAACACGUCUGGCAAUCAGGAAUGACUUGAGAAAAAGGAGAAAUUUUAAUGGCAAGUUUCAUAAAUCAUAGCAUCAAAAUAUGAAAAGGUAUAUCGUAUAUCCCUAGCAAUGUAUAUCAUAUAUGAUAAGUAGAAUUCGAGUUCAACUGGAAUAAACAGACAGCAGUUUACUGUAUCCCAUGUCAUUUUGACCAUUUGAUUUUCCAGAUAUUUGAAGAAAAUGUAUAAUACUUAUUGAAUAUACAGUACAUGCUAUUCCAUUUACAGAAAUAAAAGGAAAUCAUA